UCUCUCUUCGAACUCAGUGAACUCUUCUGUAAGUCAACUGAAAAAUCGAACUCAGUGAAGUCUCUCCUCUAGGCUCUAGGGCGCAGUUAAUGGAGGACGGAGCUCUUUCAAAACCCGCGGCGGUGCUGGCUUGCGCCGCCAUGGCUUCAUUCUUCGUCGGGAUUCUCUACGCCCCCACUUUAAUUCUUCGUCUUCGUCCUCCUUCUUCCCACACUAACUUUUUGAUCCGACGGUUCAUAUGCGCCGGAGUUUCCUCCCUCGUCUCCGUCGUCGUCUCUGCUCUGCUCCUCCCCAUUAAAAGCGGAGAAGCAUCGGUUUUGUUAGGUGUAUAUGGCAUACGGACUGAUCAUAUUUGGCAAGCCCUGGUCUUUCCUCUAUCAUUGACGGCGCUUAUGUACGCCGGAUCCUUGACAUUCAUGUCUCUAUUAUUGAUUCAUUCGUUGAGGGAAGACAUGAAUUGUAGUGGAGGGCUUUCGUUUGACUAUAUCAAAAGUAUCUCACUGGACGCUGCUGCCUCUUUGCGUUCAAUUUCUUCCAGUGUUAUGCAUUGGCGUAAUUAUGUUGUGGCUCCAGUUACGGAAGAGUUGGUGUUUAGAGCAUGCAUGAUACCAUUGCUUCUCUGCGCAGGAUUCCAAAAAAACACAGUCAUAUUUUUAUGCCCUAUAUUCUUCAGUUUGGCUCAUUUGAACCAUCUAAUGGAUGUCUAUAUCAAACAACAGAAUAACUGGACCAAAGCCUGCAUGAUUAUAGGUCUCCAGCUUGGAUAUACUGUGGUCUUUGGCUCAUAUGCAUCUUUUCUCUUCAUUCAAACAGGACAUUUUAUUGCUCCCGUAGUUGCUCACAUGUUUUGCAAUAUUAUGGGAUUGCCAGUGCUAGUUUCACCAGGGAAAGGGAUAAUAAGUGUGGCAUUUAUAGCUGGAGUGCUGGGGUUCCUUUGGUUGCUUUUUCCUAUUACCAACUCGGGUUUGUACAAUGACAGAACAGAUAAUUGUAGAUGUUGGCAGGGAUAUUGUUCUGGGAACUAGGCCUGUGAAAUGUUCAGAAUGAUAACUGAAUAUAUCUGCCGAGGACGCUUCUCAUAGUCAUCAGCAGCUUGUGCCAUACUAACAUUAUUCCUCAAAACAGAGCCACCGGUUGACUUAGGAUUGUUACGGAUUUAUCAGCCAACAAAUUAGUGCGGAAGAUUGUAAAGCUUAUGACAAUUCGUAAAUGCGUCUGUGGAAUUGAUAUUUUCUCUUCUUC